AUGGAGCAACAACCUGAUCCAGUAUCAGACGAUGCUGGAUUCCACGCCGAGGAAUGGCCCUACGAGUGUGGGGAAUGUGGGAAGGGCUUCAGCUGCAGCUCCAACCUGAUCAUCCACCAUCACAUCCACACUGGGGAGAGGCCCUAUGAGUGUCCUGAGUGUCAGAAGAGGUUUUGGACCAGUUCCAAUCUCCUCCUGCACCCGUGGAUUCACACAGAGGAGAGGCCCUUCCACUGCCCCGACUGCGGGAAGGGCUUCAAGCAAAACUCCCACCUCAUCACCCACCAGUGCAUCCACACUGGGAAGAGACCCUACGAGUAUAGGGAAUGUGGGAAGAGCUUCAGCCAGAGCUCCAGCCUGAUCUGUCACAAGAGGAUCCACACUGGGGAGAGGCCCUAUGAGUGUCCCCAGUGUGGGGAGAGCUUCUCCAGCAGCUCUCACUUGACCCAACACCAACGGAGGCACCAGUAAGGGAAGCUCUGUGAGUGCCCCGACUGCAGGAAGAACUUCUUGCGCUGUAGGUCCUCUCAUAGGGAAGACCCAUGGUGGUCAGAGCCCUGUGGUAGGAAAGGCAUUUUGUGCUCUUCUUGUGAGUCAGCAAAGGCCUCCGGAUGAUAAGGAAAGCCCUGUAUCCCUCCCGAGGAAGACACCAACACUGUCAUCAUGGAGACAUGAUGAAGGAGAGAAAGGUAAAAGGUACUCUAGCUGGCUCACAGAAUGACGUGGCUCCUUGUUCACCUACUGAGAACUUUGUUUCUUUCUUAUGAUCAAUGGGCAGUGAAUGUGUCUGUUAAGUAAAUGUAAGUAUCUUGAAAGAGUAUAAAAGCAACAUGUUGCUAUAAUAAAUCUCUUUUGCACCCU